AUGAAUCCAUUCUAUAUUGACCAUUAAUUACCACCUAUUAAAAGAGUGAAAGAAAGGUUAGUUGGGGAUGCUUUGCAAAAGGUAAACCAAUGGAAAUCGAUUCUCCUCAAUGGAAUUCCCUAAUCUGAUGGCACUCUAAUGAGAUUAACCCUCAAUAAGGCAGCCGAGAUAAUAGGAAUUCCUAAAAAAAGUUUAGAAGAUUAUAAUCAACUAUUCAAAAAAGUUAAAUUGCUGACGGAUGUAAAUCAAUUUGCUAAUGAAAAAAUGGGAGUUUUAAGAAAUUACUUAAGGAAAAAUUCCAAGAGACUCAAAAAAUUAUUGAAAACUCAGAAAGUUAAAGAAAAUAAAUAAACUAAAUAACAAAACAAACAACCCAACAAUACUGCUAAUUAAAUUGCAUUAAAUAUCAAAUAAGACGAAGAAUGUAAUGAGAUUGGAUAGUAUUCAAUAUCAUAUUUAUCAAAUUUUUAAAAAUAAGAUGAAACUUCAAUAAUUAAAUUAGAAGUGGGAUAUGAUUAUUUCAAUUAAUUCGAAAAAAAUUAUGAAUCAGAUUUAGAAAGCUAUCCCUCCCCUUUAGGAGUAAAUUUCAUAUUAAAAAAUAAGCAAUAAGAGGACCAUCAACAAUUUGAAUAAUAUUGA